CCAUCCAGCGUCAUCUUAUAAUUUGAUAACAAACUAAAAGAUGAAACUUGUUUCGUUGCCUUCUCCCUUCGAGAAUCGAGCUGCUGUCCUCCUAGCAGCAAUUGCCGCAAGUCAAUCCAACACGUAGAUGCGUAGAUGUAUCUAUUGGAUUUGUGAAUCGUUUUCUGAGGAAGUAAUUUAUUUAUCUUAAGUAUAACCAACUUUAAAUAAUACAAGAAUGGCUGACACUGCGACCAACAGAGCAGCCGGCGAUACAACUACAGUCAGACCAAAAGGAUGGGAGACUCUGAAGCAACAUGUUAUAGACAACAAAAUUUUAGUCGGAUUAUGGGCUACCAGAGUAUUAACCAUACUGUUCACAGUGGGCUAUGUUAUCCCACUCUUUGGGAACCCUUAUAACGCGUAUUAUAAGGUUUUGAUGUGCAACGCAGCUACUAGCGCUCUUCGACUGCAUCAGAGACUUCCACGUGUGCAAUUUAGCAGGGAAUUUUGGACGCUAUUGAUCGUUGAGGAUUCCUGCCACUAUCUAUUCUACUCCCUAAUAUUUCUUUAUGUCGCGCCAGCGUCGUUGGUGCUUGCACCUAUUUUACUCUUCGCUGUUCUUCAUUCGGCCAGUUAUUCACUCACAUUGUUAGACUGCCUCGGACAAAAUAGCUGGUGGGGAGCACGAUUACUCAUUUCUUUGGUCGAAUUCCAGUCUCGGAACUUGCUCAGACUUUGUGCCAUCUGUGAAGCCAUGCUUUUACCUUACACAAUAUUAUUGAUCCUCAACGGACGAGCCGGACUUCUGACACCUUUGAUCUACUAUAAAUUCUUAGCUCUGCGUUUGUCUUCGAGGCGCAAUCCGUCAACACGCAACUUGUUCACGGAACUUAGUAAUUCACUGUCAGCCCUUUCGAAUAAGCCUGGAAUACCAGCUAUCUUGAGACGAGCGAUUACAUUUUUAGUUGAACUAAUGCAGUACAUGUCCCGUGUUCCCUAAUGACUCCUUUGAUCAAUUUAAUUUUCAGAAUCGGAAGAUAUAAUUUUUAGCAUUACUUGAGUGAGUUUUUAUUUUUUUCUGGGUCUGGUUCGCCACAUAAACCUAAGACAUCUAACAAUGUUGGUGAAUGAAUUAAUUUCAAUUAUAUUCAACUACAGUUUUAUGAGAAUGUGAAACAUAAUCUGUCCUAAGGAGAUGCAAUCGUAUUGAAUCAUCAUCAAGAUGUGACAGUUUGUGUUAAUUUGUUAAUUCUUAAUCCGAGUAGGAACCGGAGCACGCAACGUUUGUUAGAAAGUUUUUCACAAUUUUUUCAUUUUCACUUCUUCAAUGUUACUAGAUGUGUUAUCGAUGGGUUAAAUCUUACACUUAUCAAUUUUUACAUUUAAAAAAAAGAGUCAACAAUUUAUCACGCUAAGAUUUUAAUAAAGGAAAACGAUCAAUCCCUUACAAUUUUGAGGAAGUUCGUACCGUUUUCAAGACUCAAUUAUAACCCACUACUGUUUGCAUUAUUCAUAUUAUUCACAGAUCAUUCGUAUUGAUUUGAAUUCCAGGGGAAAAUUAUGUUGGCUAAAUAUUUUUUUCUCUCUUGUCAAUGUAGAUCGUAUGCAUUCGUCAAUUGUGUAUAAAUAUAAUAAUCAUAAUAUAGAACAAACUUAUGCCAACCUUCAUUUAGGAUCUAGACACGAUAUUAUGGUUAAUACAUGUUAAUAUUUAUGUAUAAAUUGAUGUAAUUUUCAAAUUUUGUUGUGGUCUAGGGAUAUUGACUUAUAAAUUUCUUCUUUUUCUAAU